AUGGCGACCUUCCCCCUCGCCCUAUCUCUCGCUGGCGCCGCCGCCGGCACAGCUUACUUCCACGCGCGCCUCUCCCUCGACCACGACCUCCUCUUCUUCCGCAUCGUUGGCUCAACCGCUUUGAACCUCAUCCGCGCCGUGCGCGCCGACCAACUCAACCUCUUCUACCUCCUCGAAAAGCAAGCCAAGACCAAGUCACUCGCCAACAAGCCGUUCAUCCUCUUUGAGGGCAAGUCCCACACUUAUGCAGAGACAUACGACCGCGUGUUAAGGUAUGGCACCUGGCUAAGGGAGAAGCUUGGGGUCCGGGAGAAGGACAUCAUCGCGCUGGAAUACCAGAACUCAGAUACCUUUGUGUUCUUGUGGUUUGCCAUCUGGGCAGUGGGAGCCACGCCGGCGUUUAUAAAUUACCAUCUUCAAGGGGAGGCGCUCGCGCAUUGUUUGAAAACGAGUGAUGCGAGGCUGGCGGUUGUAGAUCCCCGAGUGGCGGGGAAUAUUACUGACGAGGUGAAGGGGGCGGUGCCGGGGAUGAGCGCUGCUGCCUGCCUUGGCUUGUGCAGCGUCCUCUUUGUUGGAGCAACCUGCGCCAUUGGCCGUCGUUUUUCGACCAAGACCUUCUGGAAGGAGGUCCGUGAGACCAAGUCAACCAUCAUUCAGUACGUCGGAGAGACAUGUCGCUAUCUGACCGUCGCGCCGCCCGAGAGGGACCCUGUGACGGGCGAGAAUUUGGACAGGAAGCACUACGUGCGCGCGGCCAUGGGAAAUGGAUUGCGGCCGGAUGUGUGGGAUAAGUUUAAGGAGAGGUUUGGCAUUGAUACUAUCUUCGAGUUCUACGCCGCCACUGAAGCCCCCGUCGGCUUUUGGAACCAAUGCCGCAACGACUUCGGCAAGGCAGCUAUCGGUCGACUAGGCGUAUUCUCCAGCGCCUUCGUCAACACCCGAACGGCAAUAGUCAAGCUGGACGAUGAGACCGAGCUUCCCUGGCGAGACCCAAAGACAGGUUUCUGUCGGCGUGUCAAGAAAGGCGAGGCUGGCGAGAUGAUUGCUGCCCUGCCGGCAAACGACAUCAGCAAGCGGUUUCAGGGGUAUUAUGGCAAUAAGUCAGCCACAAACUCCAAGAUUCUCAGGGAUGUCUUUAAGAAGGGAGAUGCUUGGUUCCGCUCCGGCGACGUCCUAAAAUGGGAUGCCAACGGCCGCAUCUACUUCCACGACCGCAUCGGUGACACCUACCGCUGGAAGUCCGAAAACGUCUCGACCGCCGAGGUCUCCCAGAUGAUGGGCUUGCACCCGCGCGUCCUCGAGCCCAACGUCUACGGCGUGCAGCUCCCCCACCACGAUGGCCGCGCCGGCUGCGUCGCCAUCGUCCUUGACACCGAGCAAGUUACCCCCGAGUUAUUAGCCGAUCUGGCCGCGCACGCCAGGGCAAAGCUGCCCAAGUAUGCCGUCCCGCUUUUUCUUAGGGUUAUGAAGGAGGUAGGAAGGCAAACAACGGGCACGAACAAGCAGCAGAAGCACGUACUCCGGCAGCAGGGAGUUGACCCGGCUAAGGUUGGGGGGGAUAAAUUGUUUUGGUUGAGGGGUGGGACGUACCUACCCGUCAUGGCUGGCGUGCUCAAAUCGCUCAUCAACAGCGCAAAGUCGCUCGCCAUUGGCGACUCGGGCCGCAAGGCCGGACUGCGCGAACUGUUUCCUGUCGUUGACAAGUCCGUCGACGGUGAAGACUGUGAUCGUAGCUGCGAGACCUGUACCGUUCACUACCCCAAGAGCUUCAAGAUCAAUGAAGACGACGAGCUUUACGGCUUUGUCAAGGGCUGGAGCACCCAUGUGCUGAUCGCGACCGGCAAAUCGGACUGGGUGCACGACGUCGCCAACGAGAAGGGCAGCUUGAUGCAAGCCAUUGCCAACGCGCGACAGCCUACCAAUGGGCGUUUGCUCCUCUCCGCCUCUAACAUGCCCACCCCCCACAACCCGCCCUCCUACUCCGAGCCAACCACCGUCCUCCUCCUUCCCGCCUUCAUCCUCAUCGAAAACGUCACCCCGGCCACCGUCCAAACCAUGAUCGACAAGAUCAUCUCCAUCGCCCCCACUACCACAACGCCCCUGUCCCACACUCUUCCCCCCAUCCCCCGCUCCCUCGAAGCCCCCCUGCCUGAAGCCGCGCCCGUAACCCUCAAAACUCUCACCACGCGUGCCUGUCCGCACGCAGCGGUGAUCCUGCUGUGCAGCCAAAAGACGCGCGACGCGCGCUGCGGACAGAGCGCGCCGCUGCUGCGCAGAGAGUUUAUGCGGCAUCUGCAGCCGCUGGGGCUGGCGCGCGAUCUGGACGAUGAGAGGCCCGGCGGCGUGGGGAUUUACUUUGUUAGUCAUGUGGGCGGGCACAAGUACGCGGCGAAUGUGCUUGUGUAUCGAAAGAGGAAUGCGGCGUUUGCGUUUGCGCCGGGGGUCAAGGUUGAUGAUGUAGGACAUGAAGGGUAUGAGGAGAAGAAGGAGGGGGCUGAGGAGAAGGGGAGUGAGGAGGAGGAAAAAGGGGAAGAGGCGGCGCAGUGUAUCUGGCUGGCGAGAGUCAGGCCGGAGGAUUGCGAGGGGAUCGUGAAGUACACGGUGCUGAAGGGCAAGGUUGUGAAGCCGGAGAAACAACUGCGUGGCGGCUUCAACCGUGAGAAGGGGUUGUUAAGUUGGUAG